AUGUCCUGGUUGAACUUGACCGAGCAGUACCUAUCUUUCGUUUCUAGCUUUCUUGUCUUCGUCCCCUUUGGCACUACUACCGAGACACUCAACAUGCAUCGCGAAUACCUGCUUACUCUAGGCUUGGGAUAUAUCUUUCCUAAGCUCAAAAAGAAGAUCCAGCCAUCUUCGACAAUGUUUAAUUCCCGGUUCAGUUGGUUGGCUUCGUUCGCGCGGUCUUUGCGGAGAAACAGCUACAAUGCUUCUAGUACUGGCUCAAAAUCUACCAAGAAGACCUCUCUGUUGUCAACCGUUUCCGAUUCAAGCCUCUCUACAAGAAUAGAGGUUACUCUGGUUCAUGGAGCUCAACCCUAUGGUCAUGGAGGGAUUGAACUAUCCUCUCUGCCGCAGCUGACAUCCUCAUCGACUACCAGCAAACGGAUCAGAAACCUUUGGCUUGAGCCGACUAUCGAAGAGAUAGACGCUGCCACAACCCAAAUCUUUUCGAGCAACAACAACUUAGUGCAGACCCGCAUCCAUUGCUUCGACCUCUGCACAAACAUCUCCGGCUUCUCACCACUCCUCAGAAACAGGAGCAUAGCCAGUAGCAAUAGCAGCAGAUUCGAACCAGAGAGGCCCAUCAUGCGGCCCGCUCCUACUCCAAGACCAACCCAAACAUACUCCAGGGCUCCCGGCCACUCAGCAAACAGGUUUGGAGGGAGCGGUUUGGAUAAUAUCUCGCCCUGGAUGAGGGUGAUGGAAGAAUAUGGAUAUCUUGAAGUCAGGUCGUCGAGGCCAAGGGUCGAGGUCGACACCCGUGUAUGGGCCAGUCCCAGAAGCAGUGCCCUUCCCACGAUUGAUGCGAGUGAUCACGAUAGUGAUAUGCUAAUGGGGACGAUGGGUGCUGGAACAGUCACGGCAGUCACCUCUCCUGAUCCUCUCAGGGUCUGUAGCCCUGAAUCUCGCCAAGAUCCGAGUCACAGCCACAAUGGCGAAUCCCGGACGGGGGCUGUUCACAUCCAUACAAGCAUCGAACACUGUACAGAAAUGGCUAAUCUUGUCCUUGACAACGCAAGGACGGAUCGCAAUAGGGAAUUUGGGGAUUAA